UAAAGCCAACCAGACCAAGCUCUACAACAUUUAGGAUCAGCACACAAAAGCAAACUACCUUAAAUCCAAAUAAGACAAGCACAAUUCAUCCUGAGCUGAGCACUCAAAAGACAAUAACACCAAAGACAAGUGUAACAGACACGACAAAAACUAAGCCAAGUAGCGAAACGCCUACCACUUUAAGACCAACUGAACCAACCAAAACAACACCUGAUCCAAGCACCCCAAAUCCAACUACCUUGAAGAAAAGGGAGCAAAGCUCUACAACAUUUAGGACAAGCACCCAACAGCAAACUACCUUGAAUCCAAUUAAGACAAGCACCACAACUCCUGAGCUGAGCAUUCAAAAUCCAACUACACCUAGUUCAACUGUGCCAAGCACGACAACAACUAAGCAAAGUACCAACAAACUUACCACUUUAAGACCAACUGAACCAACCAAAAUGACACCCGACAGAAGUACCCAAAAUCCAACUACCUUAAACCCAAGUCAGCCAAGCUCUGCAGCAUUAAGGACAAGCACCCAAAAUCCAACUACCGUAAAGCCAACCGGACCAAGCUCUACCACGUUUAGGACAAGCACCCAAAAGCAAACUACCUUGAAUCCAAUUAAGACAAGCACAACAUCUCCUGAGCUGAGCACUAAAAAGACAACAACACCUAAGACAAGUGUGACAGACACGACAAAAACUAAGCCAAGUAGCGAAACGCCUACCACUUUAAGACCAACUGAACCAACCAAAACAACACCUGAUCCAAGCACCCCAAAUCCAACUACCUUGAAGAAAAGGGAGCCAAGCUCUACAACAUUUAGGACAAGCACCCAACAGCAAACUACCUUGAAUCCAAUUAAUACAAGCGCAACAGCUCCUCAGCUGAGCACUCAAAAGCCAACUACACCUAAGUCAACUGUGCCAAGCACGACAACAACUAAGCCAAGUAACGAAACGCCUACCACUUUGAGACCAACUGAACCAACCAAAACAACACCUGAUCCAAGCACCCCAAAUCCAACUACCUUGAAGAAAAGGGAGCCAAGCUCUACAACAUUUAGGACAAGCACCCAACAGCAAACUACCUUGAAUCCAAUUAAGACAAGCACCACAACUCCUGAGCUGAGCAUUCAGCAUCCAACUACACCUAGGUCAACUGUGCCAAGCACGACAACAACUAAGCAAAGUACCGACAAACUAACCACUUUAAGACCAACUGAACCAACCAAAACAACACCUAAUGCAAGCACCCCAAAUCCAACUACCUUGAUGCCAAGGGAGCCAAGCUCUACAAUAGUUAGGACAACCACCAAAAAACCGACCACCUUAAAGCCAACUGAAUCAAUCACUGAAACAACUAAGCCGAUGACAACAAUAACUUCCACUUUAAUGACAACACAGCCAAGCACUUCUGAUUCCCUGCCGCCCUUUAAUAUCUUUAUGGUUCAUUCGAGUACGCAAGCGAUCACCGAUGAGAUUGAUCAUCUUUAAAGUCAAUUUCUUGUAUUGUAUAAUAUAUCAGUAUUUAUGUAACACAUGUCAAAUGUUAUUUUAUUCAUUUGGUAAAUAAAAAAGUUUUCUAAUAAAA